CAAUAGUUUUGGCGGUAUUAGGGUUUGACAUGGCUUCAUCGAGUAGAAAAGAUUACGAAAUCAUCAGUGAUCCGUUCGAUCCACGAUGUGUGGUUGCAUGCUUUAUACGUCUCCAACGACAGACCGACAAGGAGAAGCUUCUGUUGGAGAGGAUCCGAGGGAAAGAGGACAGUACGAGUCAGAAGUACACAGAUCAGGAGGAGCGCAGUCUCAUCAACGAACAGAUAAGUUGUUUUUACUUUUGUUUAAAUAAGGGCUUUGACGUCGAUUUUUCCAUGUUCCGAUGCCUUUUCAAUUUCUACCCUUUGUUUCUCGAUGAAAACAAUUCAACCUUAAUAAGAGAAACUGAUAGGCAGUUUUUCGGAAGAUUGGCUCAGGAAUCCAUUGCAGCUUACAACAUUAGAGAGGGGACCAGUUUUGAAUUUGUUGAGGUCGAGAAAGCAAAUCUGUACAGGAAUAAAGGGUACAUUUACUUCAUCACAUUUGUAGCCAAGGAUCUUUGCGACCAGACCAAAGUCUUUCAAGCUAAGGUCUGCAAUGUUUUCUGUAGAGAGAUUGAGCACAGCUUCUGCAGGCUUAAACCAGGUCAACAAGUAGAAUGCAAGGAAGAUUCUAAGAGAGUUGUGAAGAAACCAAGGUAUAAUACAAGAUCGAACAAGCGUGCGUGCCGAUGUCAUUAAGGGAUUGAUUUCCUAUUUGUAGGACAACUACUAAAAUAUAACAAAAAAAAUUAUCCAUUUGUUUUGUGUCCAGACGUUUACAUCUUACGAUGAUAGGAUACCAGCCAAUAAUUAAUUA